CGCGGUUUCGUAUUGACGUCCUUGCAAAACGAAGUCACGUCUUUUAUAAUAUAAAAAAAAGAAAGAAACAAUUCUUAGUACACAUUUCGUUAUAACAAUAAUAAACAUUUGGUGUUUGAUUUGUAAUUAAAGUGAUAUCAACUCAAAAUCAGUUUCAAAUUCAUCAGACAAGGAAUCUGCAGAUUUUACCCCAGUUUGGGGCUACAGUCGGGUUAUUUUUGAACAGCACAACACUAUUUCUGUCCAUACGAGUCCUCGCAAAACGACCUGAAAAUCACAGACAAAAAUGUAAAUAAGUAGACGCGAAGAAAAUUCAAAUCAAACACGAAAUAACAAUCGAGAGUUAGAAGACGGGAACUUAUUCAAAUGAAAUGAUACGGCCGAGCUGAAACAAGCGAUAUGGUCGCUUCUAGCGCCCCCACGCCAACAUGGCCGAGGAAGAAAAGCUACCGAUUCCCCCCACAUUUUUCGAGAAGGUUCUGUUCUACACGACAGCCACGUUCGUCCUGCUCGCUACAUUCAGCCUCUUCGCGUUUCUCUUCUUAGUGCCGUUCGUCAUCGAGCCAGCGUUCACGACAAUAUUCAUGCAAUUCGAUCCAGUUGGAGCGUUAUGUGUCACCGCCCAAGUUAAACAUUUAGUAGGAGCCAGUAACUGCACUUGGGCUUCUUGCAGGGAAGGUUGCACGAAGGACCUCUACGAGUGCACACAGAUCCGCGUCAACUACAAACUAGGGGAAUACCCGAACGUAACGUCCACAGAAUUUGAGAAUCUAAUCAGAGCGGAGAGGUCGUUAAGAAGGGAUUACGACUACGAAAACAAUUACGAAGCACCUAUCGAUACUAUUCCAGAAAUGGACGACCAAGAAUUGCCCGAUGUGAUACCUACGGGUCUGCAAGGCAAUGAUUCCGAAUGGUAUUUCACUGGAGCGAGGCUGUUCCCCAACGUGAAAGGUUGUGGAUACCCGCCAAUCUUGAACUGUACCAUAUUCUACGGCCAAUACAGACCUCUGGGCACCAACUAUACUUGCUACUACAGCCGUGUUGAUCCCGGUCUCGUAAUAACGGAUCUCGACAUGUGGCAGAAUACACUGAACCUUGUGUAUGCUAUGGCGAUACCGAUACCAUCCUUUAUAAUUUCUGUGAUAUACUUGACAUUUGCGUAUUUUAAGAUCUACAAUACUGAGGAGGAAUCGGAGCAAGCUCCGUUGCAGAGUGAUGCGGAGGGGAUGGCAACGGGUGAUGAUGGCAAGCCGACGACUCCCGGCUCCGACACGUUUAGGGAAGACUUGGCUUGCUUCGGCCACCAGUUGAAGAUGCAGCUGGCUAAUGAGAAGCCGAAGGAAGGUUUCGAGUCCAACAGCCCUCCUAUCUCUAAUUCUGCUUCAUUGUCUGGGACCAAGUCUUCUUUCGUGAACGCCUAAUGAAAUGUACCGCGCGGUAGAGAUGACAGGGCUCAUGAAGAUCCGGCUUUGGUAUUGUCAGGUCAUACAAAGUGCACCACGAACUAACUUGAACUAUUAAUGUAGGGAAUAAUUCGAUAUGUGGUCACUAAGCUUAAAUGCUGCUUGUUGAAAUGCUAGAAGUAGAUCACUUCGAGUGAGAAAGUGCGAAAGAGAUUUUUAUAACGCGUUGUGAACAAAAAAAAAUGUAUUUUGCAAAAAUUUUUCGUGAUGUAUUUUCUAUUUCGAAAUAUUAUUAAAAGAUUGUUAUAAUCCUUAAUCUUUAAGAUCCGAAUAUAAAUGUUAUUUUAAAAAUAAUAUACCAUUUUUUUUACAACAAUUACAAGAUUUUUCUAAACCAUAAUGUUAUUCGAUUUUCAAAUCUAUUCGACGUGUUAUAAAGUCGCAAUUAUUUAAUAAAAAAAAGCCUUAUUAUAAUAAAAAAAAUUCCUUUAAUGUACAUAUUAAUAGGUAAAUAAUCGCGGCAAAUAUUUCGCGGGAAAAGGCGUGUCUCAAUUAUUUAAAAAAAUGUAACAAAAAUGUUCUUUUUUUUAUUUACAAAUUUAUUGCUCAAUAUUAAGUCGAUUGCAGAUGUUUUUGUAAUAGAGAAUGUCACGAAAAAUAAUUUAUAACCAUUAUAAUGUUAAGAGACAAGAUUUUUAAUUCCCAUACAUAAAUUAUUAUCACGCUGAUAUGCUCUCGGUGUUAUGCA